AAUUGAUGAGUUCUCUUUUUGCAGGCUGCUCUUGAAUCCUCAGCAAAGUUUCCAAUGAAGGAAAAUUCAGCCAUUUUUAGCGUAAUUGUCUUUGGUCUCAUUCUCAGCACACUUGGCGAUCAAGGUAUCAAACAUGUAAUGCCUGCUGUGACGGUAUUAACUUCUUGAGGAUAAAACUUAGGCUUGUUAGUGACAUCUGGUAUGAUUUGACAGUCGUUUCUUCGGUGUUGAGGAAGUGCCUUAUACACACGUUCGCGGUCAUAAACAUUGUCCAAAUUAUCUUUCAACUUUGUUAUAAUUGUUAGAUUUGAUGAAUAUGUGGACGUUGGAAGUAUGUUCUAGGUUCCCCUUUUUCAAUGAAAGGAUUGGAAAUGUACCAAAAUUCUGAAAAAGGAACUUGGAACCUUUCGCUUCUUGGACAAUUUUGACAUCGCACGCGACAUUUGAAUUCAAGUGUUGUACUCUAAAAAUAUAAUUACACCUUAUGAAGUUUCGGGCUGUUGGAAAAUAUCGAUUUCCCGAAAAAACGGAAAGCAGCGUUUUUGCAAGCGGAACAACAACUAAUGGAAAACAUUAUUAAAAAUCCGCAGAUUGUUCGCUCAGGAAAGGCAACAAGAACGAAAUGAUUCUGCGACGAAUCUUGUUUGCAAACUACAGCAAGAACCAGCGUCCUACGACUCCAGUGCAUAUCUCUCUACACCUGAUUGUUUCCAAUCUUGAUGAAGUAGUAAGUGAAUCCCGACUGGAAUUGGGCCAAAAUAACAUCAAUUAAAGUUCAAAUUUGUAAAAUACGUCUCCAAAUUGCGUCCUUUUGACUCAUUGUUCAGCUUUAAAACGUUAAUUUCUAAUACCAGUUUCAUUAAAAAUAAAAACAUUUUAUUGAGAUAUUCGGGAAAUUGCCAAAGAAUUGAAUUUCCCCUUUUAAAUAUAUUGACAUUAAAUCCAUUCCUUUCUCGACCUCAACUUUAAGCUAAGUAUUUUCAUUCUUCAUCAUGAAUUUCAGCCUCCUUAGGAAAAGUUAUUUUCAGGAUUUGCAAACUUAACUAAAAUUUUGCUGGAACCUUUUCUAAUGAUUGAACAAGUGAGACUAAUCUUUGUUGCCGCUAUGUAUUUUGAAUUAAGGAUCCGAAGAAGGAAGAAAUUGGUUUAGCUAUUUGGCUUCGAAUGGUGAGCAUGUCUUGGGAAAUAUCUUUAUAACAAGACACUUAGUGACAAGAGAGGAACUUAAACUUAAACGUUUGGUUGAGGGUCCUCAUUUGAGAACAACUCAAAGGGACCCGAGUUGGAACUCUUUCCUUCAACAGAAUUUUUUUCUCACGAGGAGGGAAGAAAGCAGAUUUUGCCACAAUUUCUAUCAUUCGAUCUGGUUUCGUUGUGAUUGUGAGGUGAAAGUCAUCAUUAGAGCUUUCUGAUGUGUUUUUGUAACGCUCAGCUUGCAGAAUGAGUAAGUGAAUGAGUGAAUGAAUGAGAAAGUUUUUAUAAAUGAUUAUUUACGUACAUUAAACUCCUUUUUAUCAAUUUUUCCACUGUUAUCCUUCAAUGUCACAGAAUUUUGUUGUACCUUACGAAAAAUACCAUGAAGAUUAAAUAACUUGAUAUUUAGAUUGCAAAAUGUCUCCCUAAACUUUCCUUUCAUUUCCAAUCUAACUUCAGUUCUGGAUGGAUAACCGCUUACGAUGGAACGCAACCCAGCACAAUAUGACAUCUCUUACCUUAGAUUUCAAGGAGGUCUGGACCCCAGACAUGGUUCUUUAUAACGCGUGAGUACAGUUCAUAAGCGGUCCUGUGAUUUGCCACUGGGGAAACCAGUUGAAUCUUUCUUUCCCUAUUCUUUCCUACUUCGCUUUUGUAGAGUUGGUGCCGUCAGAGAUUUUGGUUUAUCAAGCGAUGACGAUCUACCCAUGGGCCUUAUCGUUUAUAGCAACGGUAAUAUCUUCUUCUCCCAGCCAACGACCAUCCGUAGCGCAUGCGCGUUAAACGUUGCCGACUUUCCUUUCGACGAUCAGACUUGCCAAUUGACGUUUGGUUCAUGGACUAUGGACUCCAGCCUUGUGAUGCUGGACCUGCGCAAAGAAGGAAUCGACAUGACGCAAUUUGUAAAAAACAGCAAAUGGGAUGUACUUCAAAUAUCUCCUGAAGUACGCAUGCACGACGAUUUUCAUGACAACGAUUUUUCUCUUGUGGUGUAUACCAUAAUGGUCAGGCGAAAAUCACUUUUCUUUAUUGUCAAUUACCUCAUUCCAUCGGUAGUUAUUUUGGCUUUAUCCCUGCUACUGUUUCUCAUCCCGCCUGAAGUUGGAAAGCGAAUGGGUAAGAAUUGUUCUCGUCUUUUGACUUCUGGCAUAACAAUAGACUUUGAAUCAAGUCAAGGGUUGUGUAUUAUCAUAAUAUUUAACACGGGAAAUAGAUUCUAUCUCCUCUCAGUACUAACAGACAGACAAAUAACCACGAGAAAAAUAACACGUAAACAAACCUGCGAGUCGAGUUACACGCAAAGAAAAAUCAAGAAUGCGCGUGCAGAUAUUGCUAAACGGUCAGGGGUAGCUCCAAACAGAAUAGUAUUACAAUAUACUAUUCAUUAUAGAGAAUCCUCUUUGAGUUCUUAAUAGUGAGGAGUUACUGAAGACUCUAAACGCUGGCUAGCUUGAUAAUUUGUACUGAGGAAGAGACUGGAUCCCAAUUGAAAUUGUUUCAUAAUUAAUCCUGUAGUAAUAGCGUUAUAAAAUGUGUUAUUAUUAUUGUGAACAUUAAUAUUUCAGAGGCCGGUAUAAACCUUCUACUGUGCUUAUCUGUGUAUCUCCUGCUGUUAAACACAAAGAUGCCAAACGCCUCAAAAAAUUCCCCUCUGUUGACAAAGUUCUUCGGCUGCGCAAUCAUAAUCCUUGCAUUGGCUAUGUGUUGCACGUGUUUAGUGUAUGCUGUUUAUUUCAUGAACUCAUCCGGUGUGGAGUUGCAUCAUACUUCGCUGUUUAUUCUUUUUAAGGUACGAAAAAACCAGUAGCGAAAGAGUGACUUGCAUAUUCUCAAGGACAAUCCGAAAUCGUGGACAAAACUGUUGAGACAACUAAGCCGAAUGUACGCUUAUUUUCAAUUCAACCUCCUUUGUUACCUUUUGUUACCUUUCCUGUCAACUUUCCCUAUUUCAAGGUUGUCAAAGCGUUUUUUUUCUACUUCCAUGAUGUCGGGUAGUAACAAUUUUAGAAGCGGUUUGUUCAGAGGGCUGGUAAAUGAAUCGUCUCAACAGUUUUUUUCUCGCGAUUUUUGAUGGUGAGGAAAGUUGUUACCCUCCUACUUCAGAUUGUCCGAAAUUGAAGAGACCAAAAUCGGUAUUAGCUUCAGUAGGAUCUCUGAGUAUUUAAGAAAAUUAAAAAACUGCUUUCCAAAUUAAAAUAAAACCAAGAGCAUAAAAAUCCACUUAAGUAACUGCCACCAUUAAAUCGAGUUAUAUCUUUUAUAGAAUUUCAUAUUACAACGGCUACAACCACUUCUCUUUACCAGUCCCUGCAGACGCUUAAAACGCACACGAUCUCGAGCACGAUCAAAGGUUCAUCCUUCACAAACAGGUAUGCAAAUAAGACAAGUUCUCACGCAAAGCUCAUAUUUUUCACUAAAUGAUGUAUGAAAGAAUUUAAUUUUCCACGUGUCGCCUGAAGAGGAUGUUAUUUCUUGAAGGCACACGACAAACGGAACGCUUAUAGAUAAUUACAUUUUAUUUUAAUUAUUUCAUAGAAGAGGUAGUAUCAUUUUAUUUUCUCCCAUCAGUAGACUUAGAUUUGACGCCAGAUUUCGAUGCCAGGAAGGAUAAAACUCCCGAGGAAUGUCACAAAGAUGAUGGACAAGCCCAUUCAAUUCAAGACCCACCCCUGAUAAUUACUAGUGAUAGUCAUGGUACAAUUCCCCGGAUUUCUGCAGCAGGUCGAGUAGAUCAGGAGGGUCGCCUUACACUGGUUUCAGUUGGUUCUUCUUUCGAAUACAGCAGUAGCAUUUCGAGUACUGCCUCUGUCAGGUCAGAUGAAAAUGUCAAAGCUGUUAUGGCUACCUAUAAUGAAUCAAUUGCAGCUGAAUUUGUAAGAAGUGAAAGCCUGACCGAAGAUUGCAAAAAAGUUUCUUUUGCUUGCGAGAAAAGCGAGUCAAGAAAAGUUGUCAAACGAAGAGCAACCAAAAUACACGACGGUGAGUCAGCAGUAAAACGUACUGAGCACACUCUGGUUUGUUCAGCGGGAUCAUCUUGGUUCACUCAGGUAUCGUGGGAUGAAUCAUUGGAAGACAAUGGCAACGAUAUCGAGGACAUUUCAGGCCGUCUACAAGAAGGCGUAGAUCAGCUAAGAGGAUUUAACAGCGGUUCAGAUACCAAAGAUUCUGACGUAGGUAAGACAAGAUGCUAUUGGACAAGGUGUUGUAUAUUUUUCUUUCAGGAAAUCAUUUAUACAGCUUAUUGUCAGACAAAUCCUUUGGGUAGAUCGGUGUCUGAGUGGUCUGUCAAUAAGUUAGCCCACUAAUACUUCAACUUAAUUAAUGACUUACCGGUUAACCAUUGACUUUAAUAUUUUUGUUUUAGAUGACAUAACCACUGCUAUUGAUGGUUUGGAUUACAUUGCUGAGUAUUUUGAAAGAGAAAAAACACAGAAGGCAAAUACAGAACAGUGGAAAAGAGCAGCCAUGGUUUUAGACAGAGUAUUUUUAAUCAUUUUCUUUACGGCUAUUGUAGUUUCGCUCUUAACUUGUUUGUUGUUGGCUGCAAGAGUCAGGAAGUAUUUCAUUUCGUAACUUAUGACAAUUUUGAGAUAUUGAAUGUUUUACAUUGCAUCUUACCUCUUUUCUCACCAAAUCUCUGUUUUUAUCCCAGGUAUAGAUCACAAAUAAUGCGAAAGUAGCCAUUGUAAAAAAUAAAAUGUACCGUAAGAAAUGUCUUAGUUAUU